CACACCUCGCCUGAGACAUGCACGCCCAGCGUAAGGCUCGCACACCCAACCCCGGGCGUGCACCCCCGCCCCAGGCACGCGCACCCACUCUCAGGCACGCGCACGCGCCUGCGCCUAUCUUCCCCUCAGCUGGAGACACCUGCCCCGCUGGGAAGCCCCUUGUCGCGCGUACCCGCGCUCACCUGUACCGGCACCUGGGACCACGCUGCCCCGGGGCGGGACGCCCCCUUCCUGUGGCUCGGGCCGCUGUCGCUUAGCUGGGAUCUGGGCGGCAGCCGCAGUUGCAGGAGGAGGAGCAGCUGGAGCUCUCCUGCAGCGGGUGCGUGAGGGGUCGGCUGCCCCAGAGAGCCGGAGAGACAAAGCCCGGCGUGGGCGGCUCGGGGCUGCCGGUGCCGCGGACCCCCGCUACCCCAGAGUUCUCAAAAGGAUGCAUCAUUCCAUCCAGUAUGAAGAUCAUCAAAGUAUGAAAGCCCAUUCAGUACCUCAACAUCACAUGAAAGUAUUUCUAGACUCAUUAAGUAAUCAAGGACCAGAAGAAGUACAGCAGUUUGUGCAUUCUCCAAUCUCGGUAUACCAACAAGGAAAUCAUUAUAUAUACAUGGGCAGCACCGAUGUAACAGGGCCUUUGUUAGAGUUAGUGCAUCCAGUUACAUCUCCUCUCCAACAUCCAGCACUAAGCUACUGUGGACCACUGGAGCAGCAGCAUAUUCAAGUGUGCCAUACACCGCCUCAACAAGGCCAUCAAAUAGAAAUGCAGCAAAAUCAUUUGUUCAAACAAGUACAACUGCAGAUAGACGCUCAGCCCUCCCCUGAAGGGCAAUUUAAUACAUCAACCUCUGUAUGUGAAAGAAGACUGUCAUGUAUUUCUCAACCUAUGAAGAAAAGGAAAAUUGACAUGUCAGUAGAAGAGAACUACAGUAAUAGUCAAGGUGCUCUGCAGAAUAUACCUAUUACUGUACUAACAAUGCCUACCAGUACCCAACAGCAGGCUUACAAUUCUCUUCAAGAACUGCUAACAGUAGAUAGCAAUCAACUGUAUGGGCUUGCACCUGCUACAGGAACAAAUGGUCAUCUGCCAGAUGUAGAAUCAUGGGCAGUUUGUCCUACUCAUGCAAUUUACCCUGAAGCUCAGAAUAUGGUGAAUACCCCUGUUUAUCGGGAUGCCUGUGGUAUUAUUCAGAUCGGUGAAAUGGCUAUGAAUAUGACUAGCAUUAAGUUAGAAGAAAGCAAGGAUAAUAUUCAAUCUGUUUCAGAAGCUAGAAAGAGUAUUCAGGAGAGUCCUGUUCCUAGCACACCCUGUUUCCCAGUGCAGUGUGUAAAUAAGAAUGGAAAUAUGCACCUUCCUCUCACUGUACAGAGUGGAAAGAGGAUGUAUCAAUCAGCUGAAUACCGGGAUGAACAACAGAUGCAGGAUUCUCAAUCACUGCCACACUUGCAGAUACAGACUAAUUUAUAUCUUCCUUGCAAACUCAAACCAGAAGAAGGAGCUAAUUUCUGGAAGAACUGGGUACAAAUGAAAAAUGAGGCUGUAUGGAAAGAUGCUGGAAAAAACCCUCAGGGAUUUGGAAGAAGAAAACCAAUGACUUUUAGGGAAGAUGUCCUUUCAGUGCCAAUAGCAGAACUGAAUUAUGGGCUGUGCCUAAUGACUAAAGAAGCUAGAAAGGAAGAUGGUUCCUCUUAUGAAGCAGACAUGUUGUAUUAUUUAUUUCUUUGUAUUCAAAAGUAUAUGUUUGACAAUGACAGAAUUGACAACAUUUUUGCUGAUCUUUAUUAUGUGAAGUUUUUGGAAAGACUUCAUGGAGUGAUGAAGGGAUGGUGUCCAAAAGUGAGCCCCUCUGGGUAUAUUCUGUCUAGCUGUAUCAUGGAGGAAAUGUUAUGGGAUUGCAAACAACUUGGAGCACAUUCUCCUGCUACUCUCCUGUUCACACUGAUGUAUUUCAACACUAAGUAUUUCAUAUUGAAAACUGUGGAGCAGCAUGCACAGCUAGCCUUUUCCAAAAUACUGAAGCAGACCAGGAAAAAUACAGGCAUCGGAAAGGACAAAUGUUCUAUAAUACGAUUCCUGAGGCUUUAUGGACAGAUUCUUGGAGGACGAAAAGAUGAGACUUAUGUGGAACAACCUGAAAACCCAGACAACCCUUUGCAGUGCCCCAUAAAAUUGUAUGAUUUCUAUUGCUUUAAAUGCCCCCAAGGUGUCAAAGGGCCAAGUGAUACCUUCUAUCUGGUCCCUGAACCAGUCGUGGCACCAAACAGUCCUAUCUGGUACUCUGCUCAGCCUGUGAAAGUGGAUGUGAUGGAGCAGAUGUUGACCAGAAUUCUGAUGGUCAAGGAGGUCCAAGAAGCACAUGCGAAGACCCAUAUAUCCGCAUAGCAACAAGGACAAAUGGAUAAGUUACAACAUUGCUCAUAUUACAAAGUUGUAAAUACAAUUUUUUUUUCAUAAGGCACGGAAGACUGUCUGUAGCUAACACUUUCUUUUUACUAGAAGAUGACUGAAUGCUAUGAGUAAAUAGCCUUUAACAGUACCAAUUUGCUAAAUUCCAGAAAGUGGAUUUCCUAUUUUGUUCACAUUUGUCUAAUUUAUACUAGCACUUAGAGGGACAGAUGUGGUUCUAGUACUAAUACUGUGAAACACCAGCUAAAUCAGAGUCCCAAAAGUGUCAUUUUGAUUAAUUUAUAAGUACAUAGCUCCUUAAACUGAAUUGACAGUGGGAAGUGUAUACAAAUUCAGUUUUUAUCAUAGUCCUCAAUGGAAAUAGCGGUUACUGAAUAAUAUUCUUACAUUGUGACUUACUAAUAGUGCAAUGCAGGCAUAAUUUUCUCUAUAAAACAAGAGUGACUUUUAAAUUUUUUUCCUUGUUAAAAGGAUGCUUCCAUGACUAGUCUAUUUGCAAAGGACAAACUUUGGAGAACUAGUACUUUGAGAGGAGUAGAAAAUCUAACAGCCUUAAAUGCCUUGUGGCUAAUAUUUGUAUAAGGUUGGACAGAUUACAUUAAAACAUUAACUUCUUUAGUUAGCAGGGAAAGAAUUUACUUCACUUUCAAAAGCUGGGGCAAUAAAGACACCAGAAGCUCUGAGACUGUUCCUAUUUCUAGGUUGUGAAUAUGUGCAUCGAUACAUUUCUCACUACACCCUUGACGCUUUAUUGGAAUCAACUGUGUAUGUACAGAAGGCUUGCAUAACACAGAUCUAUACAAAUUUACCUCAGUUCAGUAAUCUAGUGCCUUACCACAACCCAGCCACUUAAACAUUGUAGCAGUGGCUGUAAAGUAUCUUGUUGAUGUAAGUUCACCUUUUCCAGGGACAUUUUGUAUAUUUUUCACAUGAUAAUACUGUAUAGAUCACCAGUAAGAAAAAUGGAGUUUGUUGAUGGAAGUAUUAUAGAUUAUGCUAUGUUAUAUUAUUUACAAACUCAAUACUAAUUGUCUUGAAAAUAAACUUUGCUUUUGAUAGUGUUGUCAAAAUUACAUUUAAACAUGAAGCUGAAACAAAUGAAGUGACCCACUGGUUUUGAAUAGUUCACUAAAACCAGACUUGGCCCAUAUUGUGCAUAAACAAUAAAUGGGUUAAGAUCACAUCUCUUUAAAUGCUUAUUAAUUGAAAAAGAAUGCUACUGUUUUAUAUUUGUAUAUCAUGAGUAGAGGCAGUAGUUUUUGAUCCAAAAUGGGAGAUGUUACUAUUGACAAUGACAAAUAUCUAGUGCAGUACAUGACCCCUACUGCUAACAUGGCUGGUUUAAAAUUAAAUAGGGAUGGCAUCUGAUCUGGUUUAUACCAGUUUAUGCACAUUCGUUCUCUCUCUCUCUACAUAUACACACAUACAACCUACUGUAAAUAUCCAGAAACAUUUAAAUGAAUGUGUUGCAAAUUGCCAUUCUGAACAUAUUUUUCUCUCCCAUCUCUACUAUGAAGAGAGAAGGUGAGAUGGGUAAAACCUAGUAAAUAAUCCAGCCCAUCUCUGGUAAUAGAGGCUUGUUCCUAAAGACGUCUCCAAACUCAUGUUCAAUUGCAAAUGAUGGGGCUUCUUCCUCUCAAGAAUAGCCUCCCUUGUGAAGUGAUGAAGCUUUUCCUGCUCAGCUUAAAUUUUCUUUCCUAAUUUUUUCACUGUUCCUUGUUAUGCUUUCAGAAUUCCAUCCUAAAUUACGUUCUUCAAAGAGUCAGACAUCUCUCCCUUUAGUCAUUUUAGUUAAACUGUCAAUCAAUCCUUCCAUCUCCUUUGGAACUGUUUUUUCUCAGCUACCUCUAGUUUGUCAAAUUGUACUGUGAUGCCCAGAGCAUCGUAAAUGCGGUUGUCAAGGGCAAGCAACCGUGAUUAGUUUUUGCUGAGGUGAAUAGGCCAAUAGAUGCUUUGUAACUGGAAUCAAACUAGUAUAGUAAAGACAUAUCAAUAACUUUUGACAGAGAUAGAAUAAGUCUUAAAUCCAGUAACUGUAAAGGGAUUGGGUCCUGGUUGUUGCAACUACUUGCAUGACCUCCCACUGCUUGUUCUUACCAAAGGAUUUUAAUGAUGUUAAGGUUGAGCUAAGGCAUUUUACACAGCAUUUAGAAUAUGUGAUCAGCAACCUCACUGGAAGACUGAAUGCUGCUACUGUGGCUAUAAAAAGCAUCAUCUAUACUAUCUUCAAAUCAUUCAUAGGGAGUAUAUGCAUAUUGUAAACAUAAACAGUAGGAAGAGAGCCUUAGAAUUCAUCCACUCAUUUCUGACAAACAAUUAACCUACAAUGUCCACGCCUGUCUUGACUGCUAAGACACUAGCACAGGAACAGAUGGAUGCAACCGGUCUAUGUUUGAAGUGCAUCUUAUGUUACUACGUUUAUUAUGCAAUCAAAAUUAGCCCAGCUGAUUAAUUUAGACAUAUGAAUUAUUGUAGAUACUUUCACAGGAUACCCAGAGAAAGAUAAAAGUGCUGUAGAUGUUAUUGUAGAAUUUACAGCUGCAGAUAAUGUGAAAGCGAAGCUUAUUUAGUCUUUCAAGGAGAAGUUAGAUUUUAAUUGAGGUUAGGAUGUCUAGAGUAUGUAACUGAGCCUCCAUUCUUAAAAGAUCCAUCGCACUUUGAAUGAGCCUUUAUCUUGUUAGUGGUAGACAUGAUUCAGCUAUAUGAAAGGAAGUUCACGGCCCAAGUAAACAACCUAUCCAGUUAGUAUUUGUCACAGUUAAGAUAGUGGCAUAACUUGGUUACAAACAAGCAGCUCUGGUACAGAUGCUACAGUAUGUUACAGCAAAGCAGCAGCUCUGCUUUAGUUAAGGCGAGGAAGCCCUUUCUGUUUAAAGGUUGGCUCUUAGUGCUCUAAAAGCCCCAUCUUUACUUGAAUUGCCUUGAAAUUUGGUAUGCCUCAUGAGGAUGGUGGGUAGAAUUCUACCAAUGGCUUUGUGUAGACUUGGGAAUCAAACUAUGUCUCUGAUUGUGCCCCAAAUGUCUGUCUGUCACUCAACAUUUAGCCUAGCUACCGUAGAAUACCUACCAGCCCUUAGGGGAAGUAAUAGUGAAAAUGUUAUUCAAAAAAGUUAAGCUGUCUAGAUGUGUACUAAUGCCUUGCCACAGUAGUCUCAACUGCCAACCUACAUAAUGGUCACGUAGGUAGCUGUAGUUAUUGACAACAAAAAGAUUUUUCUGUUUUAAAAAAACAAACAAACUGGUAUUUGCUGACAAAAUACUUAACAUAGUUAGGGUUGGCUUGUGGUAUUUCACACCCUUCCAAAAUGAGUUCAGUGACAUUCUAACCUAUGAAAACCAGGAAGUGAAUAGUUAUGAUACAUACAUGCCCGCACACACACAUUCUGCCUUUGGAAAUAGUGAAGAACACUCAGGGAAUAGGGCAUAUGGACACUGGAAGACCGAGUAUAAGGCAGAUUGCCUCAUAUCACAAUCGUAGUAGUUCUUUGACAGGUGUUGCUCAUGUCC